CGCGCGUUCCAGAAACUUUCGAUCCCUCUCGCGACCCGUAGAACCGGAAGGAGAAGGAAACAGGAAGUGGGGGAGUUUUUGAAGCUGCUGCUUUUGGAAGCCAGUGGGGAAGAGAGGCAGGUAAUAUUCUUGGACCAUGGAACCCCAAGGGCCUCCCAGAGGCACCCCCGUCCACGUUUCCAAGGAUGCCCCAAGCAAGCCUUCCAUCCCUCAGAAAAACGCCUACGCUCGGCUUGUGCAGAAGCACCACAGCGGACGGUUCCAUUCUUACUUGAACCACAUUGCUCAGAAGCUGCAGCUGGAAGAAGGCGCUCCUAAUGAAUCAGGUUUGGAUGUUGAGCCAUCCUUGAAAAGGGGCCUGGUGAGAGAGGCCCUGCUGAAAAAUGGCAUGAAAGCGCCAGGUGGCUUUCCGGUGAGAGCGAUGCAGCCAGGGCAGCUGGAGGUGGGACGAUCGGAACGCCUGAAUGAUAGCCGAGAGGAAGGUUUUGCCAGGAAGCAGCAGCAGUCCCACUAUCAAAGGGAUCCUGAUGCUGGCAAAGGAGGCCACGGUAAGGAUGUAGUGGUGGAAGAAGAGGAUUACGUUUCUCCUAACAGCCAUGGAGAUACAGUGGCCAUCUUCAGAGUGAAGCAGGUGGUGGGCAGCCAAAGGCUGUUGACCAGACCAGCUGUCUCGCAGCAGCGGACUUCCAGUUCUGGAGAAAGGGACCAUGAGGAGUUGUGGAGCAAAGACAGUAGCAAUGACCCUGCAGCCAUCUUGGGCAGAGCAGAAGGCUGUGUGUCUGCUGGGCAGUUUGGCAUGGAGUUGCCCACCGCGAAUGCUAGGAAGACUGGCUUCUUGUCGCCCAGCCAACCUCAUGGUGCUGACAGGCGAGGUCCAGCAAGGAUCAGAAACAACUCCGAGUCAGCCAGGCCCCCCCCAAAUGUAGACCGGAGGCGACAACUCUCUGAAUCCCAGGCAGACACCGCGAGCAACUCUGACGGCAGAAUGAACCUCCGACAGCAGGGGACUCCGAAAGUAGGUCCGCACACUGCUAGCUUGACCCCUGGCGAGAAGAAGAACCGGAACAAACCAGCCAGGCGGAGGAAGAAAGUGUUUGAAACAUAUAUGUCAAAGGAGGACGUCUCAGCAGGUCUGAAACGGAAAACACUCAUCCAGGGGUCCUUGAGAAUAAAUCCCAAGAAGUACCACGAAGCCUUCAUUCCGUCUCCAGAUGGCACUCGGGAUAUCUUCAUUGACGGAGUGGUCGCUCGCAACAGAGCCCUGAAUGGGGAUAUUGUGGUGGUGAAGCUACUUCCAAAAGAACAGGGGAAGGUAAACAAAGCAGAGGGUUGUGAUAGUGAAGUGGAAGCUGCCCAAGGAACAGAUGCCACUGGGGAUUCCUGUGCCCUUCCUGACCCAGGGAAAGGAGAUGCCAACAGCCCUGAUGUGGUCAUAGAGGCUCAGUUCGAUGGUGAGGAGGCCGAGAGUGAAAAAGAGAGCUCAAAAGAGGCCCUGGAUUUCAAGCGCCUGUCCCUUGGAGCAGGAGAAAAGGGGAAGGAUUCGGAGGCUUGCAGCACCUGCCCUGGGAAGCAAGACGACGCCUCCAAGGCAAAUGAUCCAGACCAGAUUCAGAAGACUGCCAAGGUGGUCUACAUCUUGGAGAAGAAGCAUUCCAGGGUUGCAACGGGCUUCAUCCGGCUCUUGACUGACCGCAACAGUGAACGGUUCAAGAAGUGCGCCAUGUUUUCACCUGUGGACCAUAGAGUGCCUCGUGCAUACGUGGCUUUGGCUGACUGCCCACCCGAUUUUCCCACCAGGCCUGAGGACUACGCCAACACUCUCUUCAUCUGCCGUAUCGUGGACUGGAGAGAGGAUAGCAAUUUUGCCCUCGGGCAGUUGGCCCAAAGUCUUGGUCAGGCUGGUGAAAUCGAGCCGGAAACGGAAGGCAUCCUGACAGAAUACGGGGUGGAUUUCUCUGACUUUGCUCCAGAGGUCCUGCGAUGCCUCCCCCAGAACCUCCCCUGGGUCAUCCCUCCCGAGGAACUGGCCAAAAGGAGAGACUUAAGAGAAGAAUGCAUCUUCACCAUUGACCCCUCAACAGCCAAGGACCUUGAUGAUGCUUUGUCUUGCAAGCCGCUUCCAGAUGGUAACUUCGAAGUGGGCGUUCACAUUGCAGAUGUGAGUUAUUUUGUGCUGGAAGGAACAGAACUGGAUGAAUUGGCGAGCAAGAGAGCAACCAGCGUCUACCUUGUGCAGAAGGUGGUCCCCAUGCUUCCUAAGCUGCUCUGCGAGGAGCUCUGCAGCCUCAAUCCCAUGACCGACAGGCUCACCUUCUCCGUCAUAUGGAAACUGACUCCAGAAGGCAAGAUUCUUGACGAAUGGUUUGGGCGGACGGUGAUCCGUUCCUGUGCAAAGCUCAGCUACGACCAUGCCCAAAGUAUGAUCGAGAACCCCGAGAAGGAGUUUGGCACGCAGGAGCUCCCUCCUAUCUCUUCCCAGCAUUCAGUUGCCGAAGUUCGCCAGGCAGUCCUCAACCUCCAUCAGAUUGCCAAGAAGCUGCGGAACCAGCGUUUUGAGGAUGGCGCUCUUCGGUUGGAUCAGCUGAAACUGGCGUUUACUUUGGACAAGGAGAGCGGGAUGCCACAAGGCUGUUACAUCUAUCAGUACCGGGACAGCAACAAGUUGGUGGAGGAGUUUAUGCUCCUGGCAAACAUGGCUGUUGCACACCAGAUCUACCGGUCCUUCCCGAAGAAGGCUUUGCUCCGGAGGCAUCCCCCGCCCCAGACCAAAAUGCUCAAUGACCUCAUGGAGUUUUGCACCCAGAUGGGCCUGGAGAUUGACUGCAGCAAUGCCGGCACCUUGCAUAAAAGCCUGAACGAAAUCUUUGGCGCUGACAAAUAUGCAGAAGCCAGGAAAGAGGUGCUAACCAACAUGUUCUCACGCCCUAUGCAAAUGGCUGUGUAUUUCUGUGCCGGGACGCUGGAGGAUGAGACCCUCUUCCGCCACUAUGCCCUGAACGUGCCCCUCUACACCCACUUCACAUCUCCCAUCCGUCGCUUCCCAGACAUCAUGGUGCAUCGGUUGCUCUCGGCCUCCUUGGGCUGUGGACCCACGACACGCUUGGGGGAGAAUGACCUGCAGAAACAGGCUGAGCACUGUAACGAUCGCAAAAUGGCCUCCAAGAGAGUGCAGGAGCUCAGCGCCGACCUCUUCUUUGCCGUCUUUGUCAAGGAGUGUGGCCCACUCGAGUCCGAAGCCAUGGUGAUGGGGGUCCUCAACGAAGCCUUUGACGUCCUGGUGCUGAGGUUUGGUGUCCAGAAGCGCAUCUACUGCAACGCUUUGCCACUGGUGGGGUUCCAGUUCCAGAAGUUGGGCAAGAAGCCUCAGCUGACGCUGAUGUGGGAACCGGAGAGCCCUGAGGAGGAGUCUGUGCAACAGGUCAUUUCCGUCUUCACGUUGGUGGAGGUGGUCUUGCGGUCCGACAGUGCCCCCUUGAAGUACAGCGCUGUGCUGAAGAGACCCGGAGGAGAGGAGUGAGGCAGCCGGAGACUGCCAAAGCUGCCCUGCUCAUACAAGCUGCAACUUCCAGUCACUCUAAUUGUGUUAAAUUCUGCCUUCGGGCCUUUUAUUUUUUAUUUUAUUUGCGGACAGAUUUUGCUUUGGAUUUUUAACCCAAAUGGAUAGGCAGCUCUAACCUUCUCCAAGGGAAACUUCAGAAACAUGGCUUUUUCCAUUUCUGGAUUUUUAAAAAUUCCCUCUUUUCAUAAAUUGAGGACAUCACUACCCUAAUUAUUACCCCAUCUACACUACCAUAUAAUCCAGUCUCUGAUUUGAACUGGAUUCUAUGACAGUGUAGACGAGGCAUGGGCAAACUUCGGCCCUCCGGGUGUUUUGGACUUCAACUCCCACAAUUCCUAACAGCCGGUAGGCUGUUAGGAAUUGUGGGAGUUGAAGUCCAAAACACCCGGAGGGCCGAAGUUUGCCCAUGCGUGCAUGGUGUAGACUGUUAUAAUCCAGUUCAAAUCAGAGAAUCUGGAUUACAUGGCAGUGUAGAUCCAGCCUGUGAAGGAC